UUUCGACCUGGGGUUGGACUCCUAUGUAACAGAUGAGUGGAAAGAGAAUAAAGGGCUCCUCCUCCUCUGAGCUCACUGGUGGACAAUUUUUCAUAAGCAUAAAAGAAACUGAAAGUUCACGUCUUUUCUCUCUCCUGGGGGCCAUGGCAGCUGCUGCUAAUCCUGUCAAAAAUCUCCAGGACGAAGCGACUUGUUCUCUUUGCCUGGAGUAUUUUAAAGACCCAAUAAUAAUCACAAAAUGUGCCCACAGCUUCUGCCGAGCCUGUAUCACCCAGCACUGCAAAGAUCCCGGAACCGAGGUCCGUUGUCCUCAUUGUAGGAAGAGCUUUCAGCAGGAAAACUUAAUCUCAAACAGGCAGCUGGCCAACAUGGUGGAAAUGGUCCAGUGCCUGAACAGAGCUGCCGACAAACAGGGAGAGGAGAGCAAGGCAGAGAAAUACCGGGAAGCGACAUUAGAAAUAAGUGAGGUCUCCAAGCAAAUUGAAAUGGUCCAAGAUGCCAUCAGCAGCAGCAAGCAGGCCAACACUGAAAUGAAUGAAUACGUGUCUCAGAUCAAAGGCUUGAUUACUGAAGACUUCUGUGCCAUGAAACAGUACCUUGAAAUACAAGAGAGAGCCACACUGAUGGUCAUUGAGCAAGAGCAACAAGUGGCUCACCAGAAAAUAGAAGAAAUGAUCAGCCAGCUCGCCGCGAAAGUGAACACGCUCACAGAAAUCAAAACCCAGCUGGAAAACGGGCUGCAAAAUAACGCGACGGAGCAGCUGAGUGAUACAUCAUCCAAAAGAGAAAUGUACAUAGGCUCUCCGAUAACAAUUAAUAAAAUUAUGCUUGAUGCUACGAAGAUUAGUGUUGUCACAAGUGCUGUAGAAGAGCUCAAGAAACAAUUGGAAAUGUUAAUAUUGAAGAAAUAUCCUGCCCAGCUGCCACAAGAACCUGUAGGUUUACUUCAGGAGAGGAGUGUCUGUUCCACAUCUGUGGUGUCUGCAUCUGACAAUCCAGAACCAGUUGUUUCUAGUCCGUUUUCUCAGUGGACAGUGAACGUGACCUUUGAUCUCCAAAGAAUCCAUCGUAACCUGGAGAUCACAUCUGAGAAUAAGAAAGUGAUUGUAUCCCGUUUUCCACCUCCAUAUGAACCAACUCCCAAGAGAUUCUGCAUCAGCCAAGUGAUGUGUUCCCAAAGUUUCUCUGAAGGACGCCAUUACUGGGAAGUAAGUACCAAGGACAGCGGCGGAUGGGCUGUUGGAGUUGCUGAUGGAAAUAUUGGUAGAAAUGAUCAACUGGGGAGAACUGAACUAUCCUGGUGUGUGGAAUGGACUGGUAAGAAUAAACAGUUGUCAGCAUGGCACAGGAACCAGGAAACCCGAUUAAGUGAAGACAGACCCCUGAAGGUUGGCGUUUUCCUUGAUCUUGCAAACAAGCACCUGUCAUUUUAUUCUCUCACUGAUAAAGAAACACUCUUGCAUAGAUUUGAAAUCAAUAUCCGACAUCCUGUUUACCCUGCUUUCUGGCUGUAUGGUUUGGAUGAAGAAGGAUCCUUAACUAUAAAUCAUAUCAACAGGGACUAGUCUGCAAUUCUUAUGGAAACUGAAGAUUUAAGCUGUGAAUUGCAGGGUUGCAAGAAUAGAGCUCUUAUAGAGUUUUAUGUUUUGGAUGUGAGGCUUUUAUAUCAUGAUGCAGGGCUACCAUCUCUAGCGUGGCGGGAAAUUAACAGCUGAUAUGUUUUCUUCCUCUGCUUUUCUCUAUUUUUCCCCUCCUUGUUACAAAUCCUGCCUGAUCCACCCUGUCUUUGUUAAAGCAGGGUCCGGGGGUAUUACAUUUAACUCAGUUACACUCCCUGUUUCCCGGCACCUUAACUUAGCUUAACUUUUUGCUCAAGCACAGGCCAGAAUUGUGUCUUCUCAGAAAGCAUUAGGCAGAGUCAAACCUCAGAGCUAUUGUAUGUAAAACCCUGAAUGUAGCUGUUAAUAACAGUUCCCAGUCAGCUUGAAAGAGAGAGCACCUACAUUUUCAUGGCACACAAACAUUUAAUACACUCAAAAACAUUGUUAAUAAUAUUUGGAAUACUUAGGAAUACUUUUUCUAAAGCUAUUAAGUAAUAAAUCUCCUGUGUUUCCCAUAGAGACCUCCCUGCUUUGUUGUUGUUACAUAUAUCUAAAUGCAAGGCUUUAACAUACAUUUACACUUCUGGGUACACACAUUCCUCUGUGAUCUUCUUUCAGAGAUGAUAUCUCAGAUGCGAUAGUGUGUCUAGUGACUGCCACACCCUACUUCUGCAUAUUUUGGAUCCCUUCUAGCUGAGUUGCCCUGUCCUGCAGGUGUGCAGAGAUGUAGUAUUCAAACAAAAGUCUGUCUUCUCCCCAUUGCUUUCUCUCCCCUUUCUUUGGGCCCUGCAAAAUUCAAAUGCUGCAGUACAGAGUACAUUGACAUGUGCCUAAGUGUUUGCAAGAUCAGGGCCCGGAGAGUAAAAUUUUGCUCUCUGAUUUUCAUGGAGGAUCUAGGCUCCAAUAGUUGUGUAUUUCCAACAGUGAAGAUUUCUGCACGAUUAGGGGAAUCAGAACAUUGGCAUUUACGGCCUUGAUCUCAUAAACAUUUACAAAUAUGCUUAACUUUAAGCACAAGUCUUCCCACUGACUGAAGUCAUUAGGACAACACUUGUGCUUAAAGGUAAGCACAUUCAUAAGUUUUUGCAGGAAUCUAGGAAUGUAGGACUGUUGUGUGGAUGUGAGAGAUGAUGCACGUGGGAUGACUGACAUGUAAGCAAGUUGGCCCUGGCACAUAACCACACUGAUAUUUCUUUCCCCAAGUCAACUUGGAAAAGAGAGAAAGAGCAGCAACAAAGCAGGGAGCAUACUGAACAGGAUUUGGGCACUUUUAAUUUCCCAAAAGCAGGCUGAUUGCGGCAGCUCCGAGACUGUAAUUUGUCAUUGUUUGUAAAAUAACCCUCCUGUAUAAUCUGAAAAUGGGCACUUUACGUUGGUUCCGGCUUUUCAUAGAUACCUUCUGCAUGUCUCAUUUGCUGUCUUUCAUAGAUUCAUAGAUUCUAGGACUGGAAGGGACCUCGAGAGGUCAUCGAGUCCAGUCCCCUGCCCUCAUGGCAGGACCAAAUACCGUCUAGACCAUUCCUGAUAGACAUUUAGCUAACCUACACCUACUUUGUGCCAUUGAUGUGGAUGAUAUUUUUAUUAAAAUAUAUGAAAAUCUGA